AUGAGAUCUUAUUCUAGGAUGGGGUCUUCAGCCCAUCUCACUUACGCUCUAGGAGUUAUCAUCAUGGCAACAAUUGUUGCCGCAUAUGAGCCAUACACGUAUAGCUCACCACCAACACCAUCUUAUUCACUUCCUAAGGUAGAAUACACAACUCCUCCAUUACCUUCUAUCUACAGUUCUCCACCACCAUAUUACUCCCCAUCGCCUAAGAUUGACUACAAAUCUCCUCCACCACCUUCUCCACCACCACCAUACUACUCACCUUCUCCUAAGGUAUACUACAAAUCUCCUCCACCACCAUACGUCUACAGUUCUCCACCACCACCAUACUACUCACCUUCUCCUAAAGUAUACUACAAAUCCCCUCCACCACCAUACAUCUACAGUUCUCCACCACCACCGACAUACUAUUCACCAUCUCCUAAGGUAGACUACAAGUCUCCUCCACCACCAUAUGUUUACAGUUCCCCACCACCGCCACCUUAUUACUCUCCUUCUCCAAAUGUUGAGUACAAAUCUCCUCCACCACCACCAUCGUAUUCACCAUCUCCAAAAACUGAGUACAAAAGCUCACCCCCACCUUCAUAUUACUGA